AUGUCAACAAUAAAAACGGAAAAUCUGGCGGGACCAGCUGUGGUCACAACAUCAGGUUCGUCAUCAUCAGCCUCCUUUCAAUUGCCGGUUAAUAUGUGUACCACAGGGUCCACAAAUAAUGGAGGAGGUGGUCCGGGAGGUGGAGGGGGAGGUGGUCCUAGCGGGUCUUCUGGAGUUGCAGUGGGUUCCUCUGGUGGUGUCAUUACCACCACGACCACCACCACCCGCAACAACAUCUCCGUAACAAAUAUCAAAUGCGAAGUAGACGAAGGCGGCGGCGGAUCUACAUCCCUAGCGAAUGGCAAUAUCGUCUCGGUGGGUCAUUUUUAUAAUGGCUCUAGAACGACAACAACGACCACAACAGGUGCAAUUAUUGGUGGUGGCCCUCCGGGUGUCAUAACCUCCGGUCAUGCUGUACGCAUUCCAGUGACAAAAUCGGAAGAAUCCGAUUCCGAGACGGAAUUAACAAAUAUUGAGAAUUUAAAAGUGACCCGCAGGGUUAGCUCCAGCACGGCGGUGAUGACUUCCUCCAGCAAUCAUCAGAAUCAUCAUGGCCCCCGGCCCAUGUCCUGGGAGGGUGAAUUAUCGGAUAAUGAUGAAGAUACCCGGGAGGCGGAACUCAUGGACACGGAUACCACCAUGAGUAAUGGUGUAGGCGGGGGAGGAGGUGGUGAAGGAGGAGGCUGCCAAGAGCCCUCAAAUGCCGUGGCGGUUAUAAAAAGUGAGGCCACCACCACCACACCCUCUAUGAUGCUGCUGCAGGAGCCUCCCCACAUCAAACCCGAAUUACCCGAUUUCCAACAUCACAGCAGUGGUGGUAGCAACCCGACGGCCAGCUCCAUCUAUGGCCAUGCCAAACUGAAAUUGGCCCCCACCCAAAGUGAUCCGAUCAAUUUGAAAUAUGAACCACCCGAUCAUGGGGCCGCGAAUACCACCACCUCCCUGGUGAAUUCUCCCCUGCUGGCCCGUCAAAAGUCCACCACAGUUUUGCCUCAUCUGCCUGCCAACCCCAGUCCCGAUUCUGCCAUACAUUCCGUUUAUACGCACAGCUCACCCUCCCAAUCACCGUUGACGUCCCGCCAUGCCCCCUACACGCCGUCACUGUCACGCAAUAACAGUGAUGCCUCCCACAGCUCUUGCUAUUCCUAUUCAUCGGAAUUCAGUCCCACCCAUUCGCCCAUACAGGGUAGACACCAGGCGACGGGUUCUGCGGCUGGGCCUCAUGUGGUCUAUGGCGGUGGGACACAUAGUUUCAAUGGUUCCGCAGCUAACUCCUUACAUCAUUCCACUUUGCUGUAUCGGCCCCUGGCGGCAGGUUCGGCCGGAGGUUCUUCAUCCUCCCUGAAAAUGGAUAGCAUGUCCAAUGAAGUGCAAAAUUUGUCCAUGGAUGCCGCCGCCACGUCCUCUUCAUCCGCUUCGUCCACCCCGUAUGGCUUGACCACCGACCCUGCCACAGGGCUGCCAGCCUCCCCUGCGGCGGGUAUCUCCCGUCAACAACUUAUCAACUCACCCUGCCCUAUUUGCGGUGAUAAAAUCUCCGGCUUCCAUUAUGGCAUCUUCUCGUGUGAAUCCUGCAAGGGGUUCUUCAAACGUACCGUCCAAAAUCGCAAGAACUAUGUAUGUGUGCGGGGUGGGCCAUGUGCCGUCAGCAUUACGACGAGGAAAAAAUGUCCCGCUUGUCGUUUUGAUAAAUGUCUGCAAAAGGGUAUGAAAUUGGAGGCCAUUCGGGAGGAUCGUACCAGGGGAGGGCGUUCUACUUAUCAGUGCUCAUAUACCCUACCGAAUUCGAUUAUGAGCCCCUUGCUGAGUCCAGAACAGCAACAGCAUCAUUCGCAGCAACAUCAGUCGUCUUCGACCUCGUCGGUUCAAAAUCUCCUGAGCCCACAACAACAAACGCAGCUACAACAUCAAUUACAACAACGAUUAAAUCCAGCUCUGCAUUCUCCACAUCAUCAGCAGCAGCCGGGAGCGGGAGCGGGAACGGCGGGGGCCAAUACCCGUAAUCAUUCGACAAACUGUUCCACCACUUCCGCAUCUUCUUCCUCCACCUCCAACAACAGUAUUCCCCAACUUCUCCAAGAGAUAAUGGAUGUUGAACAUCUUUGGCAAUAUACCGAUGCCGAAUUGGCACGGCUCAAUCAACCCUUGGCAACGUCAUCCAGUACCAGCUCCUCCUCAUCAUCGUCCACCACCGACUCCACAGCAGCUGCCAGUCAAAUGACCAAUCCACUGCUGGCCAGUGCAGGUCUAUCAUCGAGCACCAAUCCCGAUUUGAUUGCCCAUCUGUGUAAGGUGGCCGAUCAUCGGCUCUACAAGAUUGUGAAGUGGUGUAAAAGUUUGCCGCUUUUCAAAAAUAUUUCGAUUGACGAUCAAAUUUGCCUCCUGAUCAAUUCAUGGUGUGAACUUUUACUAUUCUCUUGCUGCUAUCGUUCCAUCGAUGUACCGGGAGAAAUUAAAAUGUCCAUGGGUAAAAAGAUUAAUCUGGCCGAGGCGAAAUUAACUGGUUUUCAGGUAAGUCCCAAGCCCUGCAUUGAACGAAUGCUGAAUCUGACAGACCAUUUAAGACGUUUGCGAGUCGAUCGCUAUGAAUAUGUGGCAAUGAAAGUGAUUGUUCUACUGCAAUCGGACACUUCGGAACUCCAAGAACCCGUCAAGGUACGUGAAUGCCAAGAAAAGGCAUUGCAAAGUUUGCAGGCCUACACAUUGGCUAACUAUCCGGAGACGCCAUCGAAAUUUGGUGAAUUGCUGCUGCGCAUACCCGAUCUACAGAGAACUUGUCAGCUUGGCAAAGAAAUGCUCUCGAUAAAAUCUCGUGAUGGCAAUGAUUUCAACUUACUUAUGGAACUUCUGCGUGGAGAACAUUGACGAAAGCCUU